AUGGCCGAGGCGCUCGCGCGGGACGCGGGCGCACACGGCGUCGCGUCCUGGACGACCGCGGAGACGCGCGCGACGUCGACGUGGACGAGCGAGGCGUACGAGACGACGUACGCGAACGCGACGGCGACGACGACGAAGGCGAUGAAUCGGGACGCGAUCGAGCGGUUAGGGUACGACGAGCGCGUGGUCGUCGUGAGCGCGCACGUGGACACGGCGCACGCGAGCGCGGGCGGGAGCGACGCGGGAGCGUGCGCGGCGAUCGCGCUGGAGACGAUGCGGGCGCUGUCGGCGCGAAUCGCGGCGGCGGCGAACGAAAAGGCGAAGAGCGGAGGGACGGCGUCGCCGGUGAUGUGCGACGCGAAAGCGCGGCGGUGCGCGUCGGUGGUUUUGACGUUUAGCACGGCGGAGGAGGACGGAUUGGCGGGCGCGCGAGGGUUGACGGCGUCGCGGGAGUGGGCGCGGCGAGCGCCGCAGGCGAUUUUAAACCUCGAGUCGAUGGGCGCGGGCGGGCCGCAUCGAAUGUUUCAGGCGCGCGCGGACACGGCGGUCGGAAGGCAGGCGCUGCGCGCGUGGGCGCGCGUCGCGCCGCUCGCGAGCGGCGGCGUCUUCGGAGACGAUGUGUUCAAGUCGGGGUUGAUCAACAGCGGCACCGAUUACUCGGUGUUUCGGAAAUUUAGCGACGCCGAGGCGCUGUUCGAUUUCGCGUUCGUCGAGCGCACGAUGGUGUAUCACACGCCGCGAGAUCGGGUGAAAUAUAUCCGGCCGGGGUCGUUUAAGCAUUCGGGGGAGAAUUUGCUCGAGUUUUUAUCGGACUACGUCACGCGCGGCGGAUUCGAGAGCGAAGGCGACGACGCGCGCGCGACGAAAUCAUCGCCGCCGGUGUCGUGGUACACGAUCCCUGGAUACGGCAUGGUGGUGCACGACGCGCCUCGGCGCGAGACGCACGCGGUCUUCUUCGCCGCGCCGCUCGUCCUCUUCGCCGCGUUUUUGCACAAGGCGUACGUCGGCGAAAUAUUCGCCUCGUCGUCGGCUUGCUCCGAAGCCGCGCGCGUUCGCAUGGAAAACACGUUUCGACUCAUGGUGAGCGUCCCGUUCGUCAUCGCGGGGUGCGCCGCGAGCUGGAUGGGUGCCAUCGCAUCAGCCGCGCUCGCGCCCGCGACGGUGGCGUUCGCGUUCGGCGAGCCGAGUUUGUACGUCGCUCGUCCGCUCGCGCUCGGCGCGCUCGCGGGCUCAGCCGCGUGUCUCGCCUUCAUCUGCGUUCAAAGGUUCACGCGCAUGCUCGCGUUCGCGAUGAUGCCCUUACCGGUGAAGAUGAAAUCGAACGCCGACGACGAGCGCGUCGUCGAGUGGUCGCUGCUUCUGGGAAACGUCGCGAUUUGGGGCGCGGCGGCGUCUCGCGCGACGCGCGCCGAGAUCGGCUCGUCCUACAUCCCGCUGCUUUGGCUGAUAUUGCCGUCGUCCAUAAUCAUCGCGCCGGUUCUCGUGCCGUGGAUUCUCGCGCAUGGUCGAUCGAGCGAAACGGAAGCCGCGCCGCCGCCGCCGACGCCGAUGAACGUCGCGUUCGCCAUCGCCGCGCCGGUGUGGAUUACGUUUCCGAACGCCGCCCUCGUGCUUCGCGUCUUGCAAGGCAUCGGCGCGCGUUCGCCUCUGAGUGAUGAUAUCGUGUAUCUCUACGACGCCAUCGGCGGCGCCGUGGUCGGGAUCUUCGUCGCCAUGACGUGUAGCUUUUUGGUUCCGGGCGCGGUGGCGAAGGAGGACUCGGCGUCGUGGCGGCGCGGCGCCAGGAUCUCAAUCAUCACGCUCGCUUCGGCGUGCGCGUAUACCGUGGUUUUCAUGCGCGCGAACGCGGGCGUGCACUGGACGGCGUUGUCGCCGCAGCCACUGGUCUUGACGCACAUCUCCGACGCGUCGUUUUCUCGCUCGCGCGUCGUGUUGGCGCGCGCUGGAGCGUCUCGCACGCGACGCGUCGUCGAGCACCUCGAAUCCAACCCCGCCAUCGCUCGCGCGUUCACGUUCGAUUGCACCGCCAACGCGACGUAUGAUUUUGUGAACACCGUCGUCAGGGGCGCGUGCGUGAUCGAUGCGAAACAGAAGACACCCGGCGUCGACGCGCUCGCGAUGGAGGCGAGAGCCACUGGAGCGUCGCCGCCGAAAUUUACGACGCCGCGCCAAAGACACGCACCGAACGUGCGUUCGGUGACGAUGGACGUGGGCGAAAGCACGCGAUGGGUGCUCGCGGUGGACACGCGGUGCGUCGCUCGCGUCGCCAUCAAGGCGCUUUACGAUGAAAACGACGACGAAUCGCCCGAGCAAUGGGUGCGCGUCGAGCCGUACGCGCCCGGCGGCAAGAAACGACACGUGCUCAACGGCGUCGGCGGCCUCUCGGCGCCGUCGACGUACGCGAUUUGGUAUGAAACGCGCGACGCGGAGACGCGCGCUCGUUACUUUUCGAGCGACGACGAAGCGCAAGCGCGCGCGUGCGCCAAAGGCUUGCGCGCGCGAACGGAUUACGUCGCGCGAACGCCGAGCGUCGUCGCCGUCGACGCGGCUUUGCCCACAUGGGCGGUGCCGUUCGGUAAACAUCGAAGCCCGCAAUGGCUAGGUUUCGUAGAAACGCACGAUGUGUUGAAUUGA